AGGUAGAAAAUACAAAGGAAAGGGUAGUUAAAGCAAGUGAUGAAAAGGAGAGUAGUAAAAAUGAGAAGAAAGAGAAUGUGAGUGGAUUGUAUAGUAUCGGACAUUGUGGUGAGGAAAAGAAGGAAAUUAAAAGGGACGAAAAUAAGAUACUCACCUGCUACCAAAACACCAGUAAUAUGGACAAGGACGAAAAGCAGAUGCUUGAGCAGAAUUCAGAGUAUGUCGAAGGUGGAGAAUCAGUUAUAGAACCUAAAGUAGAAGAUGAAAAUAGAUUAGUAUUUGACCGCGGAAAAUUAAUUAAAAGUGAAGCUCCAAUAUCCGAUAUACAUUGUGGUGAAAGUGACGCUGAAAUUGCUGAUGAUGUUGAGUCUUGUGGACAAACCGAUAUUGAGUAUAGUUACCAAAAGGGUAGUAAUAGUUCAAAUGCGAAUAAUGAAGAAAGGGAAACGUACGAUGACGUAAUUAAGAAAGGAGAUGAAAACCUAAGAGAUAAAAUAGGAAUUAGGGGUGCAGACGUGGUGUCUAAUAAAGGUGAAUCUGUUAAUUUAGGUGAGAAAGAUGUAGAGCUAGUUGGAAGUAUAGCUCCAAAAGACAUAGCUAUAAUCUACUGUGAUGAUGAAAGUAUUUCAAUUGAUUCGGGUAAUAACCAUAAUAUGAGCAUCGCUAAG